CCGGCGCAGUGCAUUGUGGGUAUUGUAGUUUUCGCCCGCCUUUAUGGUUACUUUGAGCGUGCUGCCACGUCUAGCUACCUUGGGAUCCUGCCUCUCUUCAAGACCGUUCUGAUCUACGUGCGUCAAACUGGGCGUUCCUUCUUACGCUUUUUCCUCAGAUUCGAACAUUGGAAUGUAACAGGCACCUCAGGAUUCACGUUCUACUUCCUGCUUUAGGGAUUGCCGCCGGUGUUGGAUAUUCCUGGAUCAUUGCUUAGUGGAGAGAUCACGUGCUUUCAUUGCUAUUAAGUCGCUCCUAAAGCAGAAUCUUGAUUUGUUUGUAGAGAGAAGCAAAAACUCUUUAAAAAUUGUGCUUUGUCUGUCUUGAACGCCCAGUCCCUUAAUUUUCCUUAGAAGUAGAGUGGACCUCUUUUGUUUUCAAACAUUCUUUUCACUGGUAGCUAUCUUACUGCAGAAUGGCGUUCUAUUUGUCCGGUUUUCGAUGCUUCCCUAGGCUUUGGAAGAGCAACCCUUCCCCUAAGCUAGGCCCGGGGCACUCUUCUCUCUCUCUCUGUCUCACAGUUUACUGUGGCAUCAGGAACCAGCAGAGCUGGUUUUCUGUUAAACCCAGUUCCCAAAAUAUCAAAGCAAUGAAUCUGCUGAUUACCAAGGGCAGAAAACUGAAAGGAAAUAACAACAAUAAGCAAGUGUCUUCUGAGUCUCAUUAUUUUGCUGCUGGAGCAGCUAAGAAGAGAUCACACAUAGGUAAUCCUCAGAAUGAAGAUCAUCCCUCAUCGUCUCUGAGGAACACUAUCCAAAUCCCAACAAAACCUUUGAAUUCAGAAGAGUGGGAUAAACUUAAAGACUGUUUCAAAGGAAAGAUCAGUUUUGAAGAUUGGAUCAGUUCACAGAUGGCUCACCACAAUAGCUCUGUAGAAGUGGCUAAGUCUCUGCUGGCAUGGGUAGCAGCAAAAAACAAUGGCAUUGUAGGGUAUAAUUUGCUUGUCAAGUAUUUAUAUCUCUGUGUCUUUCAUAAGCAUACAUCAGAAGUCAUUGACGUCUAUGAAAUCAUGAAAGCCAGAUACAAGAGCUUAGAAUCUGGGGGUUACACACUUCUCAUCCGGGGAUUAAUCCAAUCAGACAGAUGGAAAGAGGCCUUGCCGCUCUUAGAAGACAUUAAAAAAGUCAUGAUUCCUUCAAAAAAGAACUAUCAUGACUGUAUACAGGGAGCCCUCCUUCAUCAAGAUGUGAACAUUGCUUGGAAUUUGUAUCAGGAAUUACUAGGUCAUAAUGCCAUUCCCAUGUUGGAAACUUUAAAAGCCUUCUUUGAUUUUGGCAAAGACAUAAAAGAUGAUCACUAUUCAAAUAAACUACUAGAUAUUCUUUGGUAUCUAAGGAAUAAUCAGCUGUAUCCUGGAGAAUCAUUUGCACGCAGUAUAAAAACAUGGUUUGAAAGUAUUCCUGGGAAACAAUGGAAAGGACAGUUCACCACAAUCCAGAAAAGUGGCCAGUGUUCCAGUUGUGGCAAAGCCAUCGAACCUAUUCAUCUGAGUCCAGAAGAAUAUAGAUUCCUCAAAGAAAAAGUCAUGAGCGAGGUGAUAGAUGGUGGUGACCAGUAUAGAAAGACGACACCUCAGGAACUGAAGAAAUUUAAGAACUUUGUAGACUCCUGUCCCCCUUUUGAUAUUGUUAUUGAUGGACUCAAUGUUGCAAAAAUGUUUAGAAAAGGUCGAGAAUCUCAAAUUCUCCUGGAUGUCGUUUCUCAACUAGCCAAGCAGAAUCUGCAAUUGCUGGUCCUGGGCCGGAAGCACAUGCUGGGACAGAGUUCUCAGUGGAGGAAGGAUGAGAUGGAGCAGGUGCAAGAGCAAGCCUACUGUUUUUUUGCUGAUAACAUCUCAGAGGAUGAUCCAUUCCUUCUGUAUGCCGCACUACACUCAGGGGAUCAUUGCAAGUUUAUCACAAAAGAUCUGAUGCGGGACCACAAGGCCUGUCUGCCUGAUGCCAGGACCCAGCGCCUGUUCUUUAAGUGGCAGCAGGGACAUCAGCUGGCAAUUUUGAAAGGAUUUCCAAGAUCAAAACUGACCUUUCAGAAUAUUCUUACCUAUGACACAGUGGUGCAGACAACUGGAGACUCGUGGCACAUACCUUAUGAUGAAGACCUGGUGGAAAGAUACUCCUAUGAAGUGCCAACCAAGUGGCUUUGUCUCCACCAAAAGACACAGAUGCCUACCGUCUGCUGAAUUGUAUUUGGGGGCCCUCCUCCUUGGUAUCAGAGCUCUUACAUUCAUGCUUUAUUCCAGGGAUUAUCUCUGUCCUAAAAACAAAAUGGUUUUGGUAACACCGUUUGGUCCAAUUGUUUUAGAUGUCAAUAAAAUGAUUUUUCCAACUUUG